AUGUUUAUCCUCUCUGCUACUUCAUCCUCCACAUUCUUCGUCUCCACAGCAACCACACAUAGGAUUUCUUUAUCCAUUUCUUCAUCUUCAUUUUCUUUUUAUGCUUAUUCUCGGCUUUGUUCGGCCUCUGUGCGAUUCGGUGCGCAGAGGUCGCUUUUUCCGUAUCCUUCUCACUCUCCGAGUGUGACAUUAAUGGCGGAGAUGGUUCGGGACAAGGAGUAUGCUGACAAGAAUGUGGCGUCUUAUCACGGAGAGAGGACGAACGAGCCAAGCCUCUCGCGCACCUUUCUCGAUGCCAGCUCUGAAGAAGAGCUGCUGGCAGGAAUCAAGAAGGAAAGAGAAGCAGGAAGACUGCCUUCAAAUGUUGCUUUGGGGAUGGAAAUAUUGUAUCACAAUUAUAAAAAUACGGUUUUCCAAAGUGGAAAUCCAAGGGCUGAUGAGAUAGUGUUGUCAAAUAUGACUGUUGUGCUAGAUCGCAUGUUUUUCGAUGUUGAGGAACCUUUUGACUUCUCACCAUAUCACAAAGCACUGCAAGAGCCUUUUGACUACUACUUAUUUGGUCAAAACUAUAUUCGUCCUUUAGUUGAUUUCAGAACUUCAUAUGUUGGCAACAUUUCCCUCUUCUAUGAGAUGGAAGAGAAGCUUCAGCAGGGUCACAAUAUUGUCUUGAUGUCAAACCACCAAACUGAAGCAGACCCAGCUAUCAUUGCAUUGUUACUUGAAGCAACAUACCCACAUAUUGCUGAGAGCAUGACCUAUGUAGCAGGGGAUAGAGUUCUGAUAGAUCCUCUUUGCAAGCCCUUCAGCAUGGGAAGGAAUCUUCUUUGUGUGUACUCGAAAAAGCACAUGUAUGAUGCUCCUGAGCUUGUUGAGAUGAAAAGAAAAGCAAACAAGCGAAGUUUGAAGGAAAUGGCUUUACCGUUAAGGGGUGGAUCACAAAUAAUAUGGAUUGCACCAAGUGGUGGUAGGGAUCGACCAGAUCUUCACUCAAAAGAAUGGUAUCCGGCACCCUUUGAUGUUUCUUCAGUGGACAAUAUGAGAAGGCUUGCAGAACAUUCUGGUACUCCUGGGCAUAUAUACCCAUUAGCAUUAUUGUGUCAUGACAUGAUGCCGCCUCCACCCCGUAUAGAAAAAGAAAUUGGAGAGGAAAGAGUGAUCUCCUUUCAUGGGGUUGGCUUAUCAGUGGCACCAGGCAUCAACUUCUCUGAAAUUGCUGCUGUCUGUGAAAACCCUGAAGAGGCUAAAGAGACAUACACAAAAGUGCUAUAUAAUUCUGUGACUGAGCAAUACAAUGUGCUCAAAUCUGCUAUACAUGGCAAACAAGGACUACCGGCAUCCAUUCCGAGUGUUUCUUUGUCACAACCGUGGUAUAGCAAGGUGGAAUUAUUUGAUGAAAAAUUGUAUUCCGGUAUUGUCAAGUAUAAACCCACAAAUUGA